GCCGAGAACAGCUUGACAGCUCCGUUCUUCAGGCGGGGAGAGACGGUCAGGAAGCCAGCGCCGGGGAUUCUUUUAGGGGGGGAAUGGGAAACGACUUUUCGAGUAUUUCCUUUGAGAGCCGCGUUGUAACGUUUUAGUUCGGUGUGUUUUGUACGCUUUUCGUGUCGGAAUCCACCGCCGCCUGCUAGCUUAGCAGCGCGCCGCUGAUAGUCAGACAACACAGGUAGGAGAGGAGGAGGUGACAAAGGAAAGUGGCGAGGUAACGAUGAACCGCUUUCGAAAGUGGCUGUAUAAGCCCAAGAGGACGGACCCCCAACUCCUGGCACAGUUCUACUAUGCCGAUGAAGAGCUAAACCAGGUGGCCACUGAGCUGGACAGCCUCGACGGUAGGAAAGACCCUCAGAGAUGUACCUUGCUGGUCAACCAGUUCCGCUCCUGUCAGGACAAUGUACUGAAUAUUAUCAAUCAGAUCAUGGAUGAAUGUAUCCCCAAUGACCGGGCCAACAGAGACUUCUGUGUCAAGUUCCCUGAGGAGAUUCGUCAUGACAACUUGGCAGGGCAGCUGUGGUUUGGGGCUGAGUGUUUGGCUGCUGGCUCCAUCAUCAUGAACAGAGAAAUAGAAAGCAUAGCUAUGAGGCCCCUGGCUAAGGAUCUUACUCGCAGCCUGGAAGAGGUACGCAGCAUUACCAGAGAUCAGGCCCUGAGAGACCUUAACUUGUAUACCGACCGCAUGAAGGAUGCAUUGCGGCAUUUCGACAGCCUUUUUGCUGAGUUUGAGCUCAGUUAUGUAUCAGCCAUGGUGCCUGUAAAGUCUCCCAAAGAAUACUACGUGCAGCAGGAGGUAAUAGUGCUCUUCUGUGAGACUGUAGAGAGGGCUCUGAAGCUGGGUUAUCUCACUCAAGAUAUGAUCGAUGACUAUGAACCAGCACUGAUGUUUACAAUUCCUAGACUUGCCAUUGUGUGUGGGCUGGUUGUGUAUUCAGAAGGACCUCUAAACUUGGACCGAAAAUCAGAGGACAUGUCUGAGCUCUUCCGGCCUUUUCGCACUUUACUGAAGAAAAUCAGGGACCUGCUUCAGACCCUGACAGAGGAAGAAUUGUUGACACUGGAGAGGAACCUUUGUAUCUCCCAGGAUGGAGAGUUACAGACAGAGCAGGGGUUGUCCACAAGCACCAUACCAGCACCAGUCCAAAAUAACCACUCAUCCUGUGGCCCCACUAGUAAUGUUUCAAAUGGCGAGAGUGAGGAGCCACCAGAGCAUCUGGCUCUGUUUGUCUGUCCCAGUCAGGAGGAGGAAGUAGGGGAAGUUGAAAAGAGCUGGGGAAACGAGGUGGAAACUAAGAGUGGGGAGGAGGAGCAUGAUGAGGGGCUGUUUUGUGAAGAGGCAGAGGAGGCUGAGCUGGCUUGCUCCAUGCAGUAUGAUGAGGAGGAACUGGAGCAGCUCAACAUGAUGGUCUACCGUGUGGGAGAUGAGAUGUCCACAUUACUGUCACCUCCCAGUCAGGGCCAGUCCCCAGCACACAUCCGCAACAGACCAGAGGCAGGACGCUCCAGUGGGGCUUCCAGCACUGAGGUGUCUCCUCUUAGGCUCCUGAGAGGCAGAGGAAGGACAGGCAUCAAUGUAGAGGAGGAGGACAGGGUCUUUUUCAUGGAGGAUCUGGAUGCAGCAGGAGACAACAGCACCAGCAUCUCAAAAGAGGCCUGUAAUUUUGUUGCUUCACCCUCCAAAGGACUGGAAUCUGCUUGUCCUGUUCAGCAUAAGCCGGGACUACAAUCAGACUGUGUGAGAAAAGGCUGGUGCACUGAAGCAUCAAUAGAACAGCCUUGCCCACAGCCUCGCAGCCAGAAUCCACAGUGUCUCAGUGUAAAGCACUCACAAUGCACUUCUGUGCCCAGCUCUGAACCGCUGCCUUAUACCAAUGGGUGGGAGAUGGGUUUGGAAGGGACUGCAUCUGAAACCGCCGAGGUCAUUGCCCACCGUAUGGGUGGGAUGAAGCUGUCUGCCACAGUCAUCUUCAACCCACACUCUCCAAGCUUGACAGAGCUGACUGUGGACAAGCUGCUGCUGCCGCCACCUGCGCCUUCUGAGGUUGAGCCCUGCGGCCCCCUGGUGGCCACUCACUGCUUGCUUAAUUCCUGCGUCUGCUGUGGCAGCUGCGAGGAUGGCCACGAUGAUCCGAUCAAUACGGAGAACACUGGGCUCGGAUUAGGACUUGCUCUGGGGUUGGACAAACACUGUAUGACUCCAGCGUCAAGCGCCGUCAUCCAGUCUUCAGCUUGUCGGCUGCCUCCCCAAUGCCAUGAGCCCCAUGGAAAAGCAGACCUCUCCAAAUUGACGCCACCAUCUUCCCGGCAUCUUGUAGAGUCUCUGGAAGAGGAAAGAAAUUCCCAUCUCGGCGAUAAGUGCCUGGUGGUCGCUCCGGGUCCAAGGCAUCAUGCUCAGGACUGCAGAGGGGAUGGGCCCUCUUCCUGCAACCACCAACUGAGGACUGAAAAGACGCAGCAGGCCAUUGGAAGCCAACAGUGGGACAAUAACACGGAUAAGGACAAGACUGAAAACAAAGACUCCAAGAUGGACAACAACAGGAAUGGCAGGCAGAGCUCCAGUUCACAGAACUCCCCCUACAGCUCAGAUAGUGACUGUGAGAGUGUGUCAGUCACCACAUGUAGUCUGUCAAGCAGUGCAUAUAGUCCCAGCCCUGUCAGCAGUCUGACCCCCAGCUCAGGGACAUUAGAAGAAGUGGACCAUCAAGAGAUCCAGCAAGCCCUGGAAGAUGCCAGGAUGGCUGCCAGGAACAAAAUCCGAUCACGUUUCCACAGCAGUAGUGACCUCAUCCACCGUCUCUUUGUUUGUAUAUCAGGUGUUGCUGAUCAACUGCAGACCAACUAUGCUAGUGACCUUCGUAGUAUCCUGAAAACACUCUUUGAAGUUAUGGCGACUAAGUGUGAUCAGAAAGCCACUGAUAAUGAAAAGAAAGCAGGUCCUGUUCUGCGUAGUGCCAUGCUGGAGAACUGCGCUCUCUGUCAGGAAGCCAUCCCCUCCUCUGAAUUGGCAGCCAAGGCUCGGGAGGGCCAGUUUGAAGACCCUCCGGAAUGGGUCCCCGAUGACGCCUGUAACUCUUGCAUUGCCUGUAAGGCUCCCUUCACAGUCAUCCGGAGGAAGCAUCACUGUAGAAGCUGUGGGAAGAUCUUCUGCUCCCGCUGCUCCUCCCACUCGGCCCCACUGCCACGCUAUGGCCAAGUGAAGCCGGUCAGGGUGUGCACACACUGCUACAUGUUUCACGUCACACCCUUCUACAGCGACAAGGCCAACAUAUGACCCCAUAUGAUCACGGAAAGCACACUGUCCACCACAACGAGGCUGUGUACAAUGCAACUUUAACACUACUCUGUUAAACGCUGGCAGUUGUCAUCACCCCUUAAGAACAGCUUCAGAACCGGGAUAUGACGGAUGAAACAGACAAGGCUACAAAAGUGAAGAUAUGACUUUAAUGGCUCCGGAGAGGCCGGUGCCUAUGUGGGAACCAAAGGAUUGGAUUACUUUUCAUCAGACACAUGCACAUGGAUUGUUCACAAAUGCCUGAGUGUGGAGGAGUGAAAGAGUGUUGAAGGAUAAAUGGGCAAUAACACAUUGGGAUCAUGCAACAAUCUUUUGUAGCAGUUUGCAACACAAAAUCUGAACAGGCCUUUUUGGUUUCUUGGUUUAGUGUGCAUCACAGAACUCCUUACAUGUUUCCUAUGCUUUAGCAAGCUUCCUACAUUUGUGCCAGAGCUCCCACGGGACUUGGAUUACUCGAAAGAAUGUAUGCCACCAUAACGAUGUAAAUAAGGAUAUUUCUGCUAAUUACUCCACGACAAUGUUUUCAGAUAUGCUGUAUAUGUGGGAUGUGGAUGGCUAUCUUCACUAGGCUACCAAUCCCAGGAAAGCAAAAACUGACAAUUUACAGCUUUUCUAUUCUUUUUUUUUUUUUUCAUGCUUUUUAAGGGCAAUGAAUGUGCAAUUCUGUAUCACCUGGUGAAACUGUGUGUGUGUGUUCUGCAGUUCAUCUCCUUAAAAUGAUUAUGGGCUGUGCCCGUUGCUUUUAUGUUUCAUAUCACAGCAUGCUGAGAUUUUCUUUGGGGGCUCAGCUGCACGAGGGAUAAUUCUUAUUUCAUUACUCAUCAGUGUCAGAGCUUGAAAGCCCCCUAGUGGAGAGUUGACCUCUUUCACUCAGCACACAUUAGCACGGUGUGAACAGUUUAUCUUGAACCAGAGGCCUUCUCAGGUGCCGGCGUACAGGCCGCAGACUAAUUAUUGCCCACUGCAUCUCUCUUCCUCAUAUUUGUGAUAGUGCAAUAUUGCGACUACUGAUUCAGCCUCCACAUUUUAGUUGUGAAAACCCUUGUUUUUUUCCUUUACAUCUUUUUUAUUUGUGACAUUUAUUUUUAGGGGGGUGAUUUUUCUGGCGGUACUCUGACUUUGUUCCAACACUGACAGCAGUUGCAGCUGACUAACUUUCUGCUUUCAUAACAAUGAGAAAGAAUUUAUGUGCUUUCAGCCAGGACCUGGUUUCAUAAAGCAGUCUAAUAUUGUUUAGUGGACUAAACUCACUUAGUCGACUCAUGCUUUGACAUUAGUUGUUGCACAAAGUGCUUAACCAGUUAAAGUUUUGUGUUAAUCUGACUAAAGUUUUUAGCCUGCUCCACAGGAGGCUAAUCUUAUUUUAGUUGACAAACCUUCAGUGUCUUACCUAAAAAAAAUGGCGGCAAUCGUGUACCACCACUUGAUGGAGGAGGAAGGAAUGAGAUACUUGCGGCGGGAGCAGGUGUUCUGGGACCAGAAUAAUCCAUUGGAAAUGUUUACGGACGCCGAGGUCGGGAGUGCUUCUCCUCUGCUGUGGCGGACCCGGACAUGUUUGUAGCAGACGGACCAACCCGGAAGUGAACAGAACUGUCGCGCAUUGGAGGCAUUUCUUGGCAACGGCACAUCACAAGGCCGCUAUGACCGUGAAAAUUGUUGACUAACGUAAAACGGCUAAUCUACAAGUUUAGCUGUUGAUGUGAAACCGAGAUUAGACAGAUAAUGUUGGGUGACUAACCUUAGUCGACUAAGUAAGUUUAG